GACAAUUUGAACGCAGCGUUACUCUUCGAAGUCUUCACUUAUUGUGUCACAAAGCAGCUGUACAACCGGUAGUUUUUCAUGAUACCGUUUGUCGUUUUGCACUUGAAACUAAGAUUUACCCACCUGUCGAUCGCUACUGGUUUGUAACUUGAUGAAAAAAAUAAAACUGCUGGAUCUAUUGCACCUCGAACGUAGAUGGAUUUAGAGUGAAUAUAAUCAUAGUUUUAUACUUAGCAUUAUAAAUUCCUGAAUGCUGUCUGUACAGACGAAAAGGAGUCAGUCAGAGUCAUCCAGCAGAAUUUGGAAUACGGAAGAAGUCCACAGUUAAAACCCUGAAAUUCUGAAAUAAUUUCAAGCCGCAUUAUAACCGGCAUUUGCUAGUAUGACCUACGUGAAUAUGUUAGUGGCUCAAAGACCAAGUUAUCUAUAUAAGACUUACGUCAUGGAGUUCUGCAUCGGAUAUUUUUCCACAAACGUAGGAAUCACAUUUCUUAAAGUAAUUCAGUGUAUGGUAAUUUCCCGGUUGCUUUUUUAUUGAUGCCAAGGCAAAUUGUUCCUAAGCAAUAAGCAGUCACUAGUUUCUGUCAUCCUCUUACUACCCAGUUAUUCACCCUUACACUAACACUUGGGUCGUAUAAUUUUAGAAAUACGUAGCUAUCUUAACCUAGCAUUUUUGUGUAGCCACUCCGGUUAUGACUAGUAAUAUAUAGGUUGUGGACUCCACCUUUGAAGAAACAGCAAUUAAAUAGUUGUCUGUGGAGAGUAUUAUAUCUACUUAAUACUGCAUACCAGUUUUUUGGACAUUCAAAAUUACGCUGUAUUACAGUCUUCGAAAAUUGUUAGUAGUUUCAGCGUAAUCAGAGACUAAACUUUGGUGGGUUGGCUAAAAUUGUCUAGGAAACCACUUUUACUUUCCUAGGUUUUGAAGAAUUGGUUUAUAAAAUGAGCCCCAGUAAGUAUUUCAGAAGAAGAUAAGACAGUGAUUACAGAUUGACAAGUGAGUGAUCAAUCUUGUUGAGAUUUCUGCCUUUAGGACGAUACGGAUAUCCUGCCCUACGAACAAGCUGUUAUGAUCCUUAUACAAGUUAAAGACUGAAAUUUUAAAUACAUUUCUUUUGGUGGUUAUUAUUGAGGUGACAGAAAGUUUGUUGUUGUUGGCUGCCAUUUUAAAGAUUCUGCUGACCAUUAAAAGAAAUAAAGCUAGAUUAAAAAGAUAUACAAACAACUGAGAAAGUCGAGUUGUCAAGGAGUGAAGUACUUCACUUAUGCUUAUAUACACACUACUCGUCUUUUGUAUCAGUUGUAUAUGUGAUGAAAAUCAAUAACAUUUGGUAAACUGGAUGUUUUAGGCAUGGAGUUCGUAUGGUCUAUGCUUUUGAUGCUCCUGUUAUGUCUUAUGCAUCACCAGUGGAUAUUUCUCAAGUUUCCGAUCCGUCUUUUGAUAAAGGUUCUCGUGUGAAUGUCUUUGCCCUCGAUAUUGGAGGGUCACUCGCGAAGUUAGUGUACAAACGUGUUUUUCGGUAUAGGCGUUCUAUACCGCAUCAACCUCACAAGAGUGUUGAUGAAAAUAAAUUGCCCUUUGACUUUUACGAAUACGAAGAGCAUGAGGAUGAAGGACAAAAGUUAUGCUUCAUGAAAUUCGAAACGAGAAACAUUGAAGACUGCUUGGAAUUCAUUCAUCUUAACAUCAUUCGCCAGAGUGCUUCGUCCAACAGAACAAUCAAUAAAAUUAAAGUGACUGGUGGAGGUGCUCAUCGCUAUCGAGAAUUGAUUUGCUCAAAGUUGGGUAUCGAACUGGAUAAGGAAGAUGAAAUGGAAUGUCUUAUAAGAGGAUGUAUAUUUCUACUUCGAAAUAUUCCAGAUGAGUUAUUCUACUAUGAUAAACAUGCCACUCCGGCACAAAUCUUUGUUUCAAGUUGCUUAGUGAGCACAUUCCCCUUUCUUUUGGUCAAUGUUGGAUCUGGUGUUAGUAUUUUGAAAGUUGAAAGUCCUACGUCGUAUCAAAGAGUAGGUGGGUCUUCUAUCGGAGGUGGGACAUUUUGGGGCUUAGGAACGCUAUUAUCUGGAGGUAAGCUUUUUAAAAUGCUCUACCACUUCGAUAUUAUUUUCUCUACCAGAAGUAUCAGUUUAGUUCCCUUGUAAACUUAUUGUGUGAAAUGCUUUUGGCGUUCCUUGAGUUUUUUUUCAAGUGUAAGAUUCGAAUUCAUGUUCACCAAAGUGAUGAAUAUUCGGGUCAAACCAUAUCACCUAAUUUUUUAGAAGGCUCACGAUCUAAUUGUCACAAAGCAAAAUUAAAUCUGCGGUAUUCAAAAUAAAGGAGAUUCUUUUUUGUAGUAACUAAAAUCUAUGCCAAAGUAUAACAUGUGAUAUAAUCGCCACCAAAGCUGCUACCUUGACGUGGUGAUCAGGCCUCCAUAUCACAAUGACCUAACGAGCUAUGCUGAUGGAACGCUUGUUCCCUCGAGGGCCCAACAUACCAGAAAGGUCUGUCUGUUGGGUAGUACUAAGACGAAAAGCAGUUGCAGUUGUACUGUAAGUUACCACACUAUGAUUGGG